AUGUUAACUGUUGCCCACGUUGCCGAUGAGGGCUACGGCCAGCUUGAAGUGCCUUGCGCUUUGGAGAAAAUGGUGCCCCUGCUCCGGAACCCUUCCGAUAACUGGCAUGCCACCCUUGUCACCAUGCUUGGGAAGGCAGUUCGGGACAAUAUCACAAACGAGGAUCGCCUCGCAACGGAAGGCCCCUACGGAACGGCGGCGCAAAUCAUCCGCCAGUAUCUGGAUACUUCGGUUCCCAUGAGUAUGGACGACCCCAUGACGGUCAAGAUCAUGUACGCUCUGGACUGCGUCCUCAACCAUGAUCCGGCUAUCAAGAGAUAUUUGAAGAAGUUUGGGAUCUUCCAGAAGGCUGAUGAAGCCAGAGUUCAAAUGAAGAAGGAGCACAUUGUCGGGAGCGGUGGCCGUUCACUUUGUUCCUUCGACCUAGCAAGCCCGGUGUCCAGGAGGAUUUCGACCGCAAGAUCAGUGGAGGUCUUUUGA